AUGGCUGCAAAUUUAAGGAAAAAUGCGUUCUUGUCUUCUUUCAUGUUUCUUCUCUUAAACGGUUCCUCGUACGCAAUCACAAGUUCAGAGAUGAGCACAGUAUGUGACAAAACUUUAGACCCAUCUUUCUGUCUUGACUUCCUCAAUUCAGAAUUCUCAUCUCCUAAUCUUCAAGCCUUGGCGAAAGCCACACUUGAUGCCACACAUGCAAGAGCAACACAAACAUUCAAAAGACUCCAAUCUAUUAUCGAUGGAGGAGUCGACCCACGAUCGAAACUAGCUUACAGAUCAUGCUUAGAUGAAUAUGAGAAUGCAAUUGGAAACCUCGAGGAAGCUUUUGAGCAUUUAGCUUCUGGCGAGGGUGAGGGUCUGAACACUAAAGUUUCUGCUGCAUUAGAUGGAGCUGAUACAUGUCUAGAUUAUGUGAAGAGAUUGAGAUCUGUAGAUGAUUUUGUUUUAAAUAACAGUAAGGGAAUUAAGAAUCUUUGUGCGAAAGAUUCAUAUUUUAUUAAGGUACUACCAAAAGAUUGGCCUCAUGAGUCAUCCAACUUGAGAGUUGAGAGUUUACAUGGGAGAAAGAAAAGCCUCGAGCGCGAGCUCCUUUUGCAAGGCGAUCAGCUCGGAAGUUCAAAGAACAUGGAGUAA